AUGGCUGAGGUCGCUCGCCGUGAGAAGUCUCGAGCCGAAUCUCCUGUUUCUUCUUCCCAGUUCGAAGGAAGCCAAGCCAAAAUGGGAAUCGCCUACGAGGUGUUCUCGAGCUUCAGGGGCAGGGACAUCCACACCGGCUUCACCGACCACCUUUGCAGCAGCCUCGUCGACGCCGGGUUCUCCGUGUUCCAGGACGACGACAAGCUCCGCCAAAUAGUGUCUUCACGAGCUCGCCCAGAUGAUCGAGUGCAAGAGCAGAAUGGCACGUUGUCUUGCCCAUCUUCUACAAAGUCGAGCCCGGGCAUGUGGGGCACCAGACGGGGAGUUUCGGGAAGGCCUUUCAUACAAUUAAGAAGCAUUAUGACGCAGAGGUGGUCCAACGAUGGGAGCGAGCUCUCCAAGAGACAUGAAGCUAAGUUGGUAAAGAUAAUUGUCAGGAAGGUUUUGGGCGAUUUAAAGGAAGCUUUUGAGUUGGACGUCACAGAGAACUUGGUCGGGACUAGUGCUCAUGUAGAGGAAAUUAUGAGAAUUUUAAGUACUGAUAACAGAGAUACUCGAAUUGUUGAAAUCCAUGGAAUGGUGGUAUGUGUAUUUAGAAGGGACUUCCCUUUGCCUGAAUUUGGGGAUCUGUCGCGCGAUAUUGUGUUCACUACAGGAGGGCUUCCUUUAGCACUCGAGGUUAUAGGUUCAUUCUUGUGCGGAAAACGCCUAGUAGUGUGGAAAGAUACGCUGAAGAAGUUAAGGCAAAUACCAGAUAAGGAAAUGCAAGAGACUUUUAGGCGGAUGGGAAUUGAAGCAUUGAGUGUGAUGCCCUUGAUAAAAGUGGGAAAUGACCAUAGGUUUUUAAUGCAUGACCAAUUGAGAGAUUUUGGUAGGGAAUUUGUCCAGCAGGAAAACUACAUGGAGCCUUGGAAACAUAGUCGAUUAAGGAUUCACAAGGAGGCCUUACGUGUUCUAGAGGAGAAUAAGGGAACUAAAAAGAUAGAGGUCCUCUGUCUUAACAAGAGUGGCUUAGGCAGGGUGUACAGCAAUCUUGCUGAACUUCCAGAAUCCCUAGGGUGCCUUCAGAAACUGCAGUGCUUAUCAUUAAAGGAAUGUAACUCGUUGAGAGGGAUCCCCAACUCAAUUGGCAAGUUGGAAUGUUUAACUGAACUGGACAUAUCUUGCACAGGAUUUACGGAGUUACCCAAAUCCAUUGGAGACUUGCGUAAUUUUGAAGUUCUGCAAAUGGUGCGGUCAUAUGUAACAAGGUUACCCAGGGGUAUUGGAAUGUUGGAGAAGCUCACCAUAUUAGAUGCCACAAAUUGCGAAAUCCUGGCAGAAGUUUGUAGUGAUAUUGGGGAAUUGUCUUCAUUGAAGGCCCUCCGAUUGUUGGGGACAGAUUUGUGGCUUGCCAGAAAGCAUUUGUAA